AUGGCUCUCUGGGAACAAGGAGGUGGUAGUGGUUUUCAACAACGUAAAGCUGGUGGUAGCGGUGAUAAUGAUACAGGCAGUGGCCAGCGUUCGACAGUAAAAGGCGUGCUGACGUGUACAGUCGCUACGAUUCUCAAUGCAAAACAUUCCGAGUCGGACAAUUGUUUUGUAUAUAAACAUUUGAAAUUCAACACAGUGAUGGUGAUGGGUUUGAUUCGUGAGGCGAACCAUGAGGCGAAUGGUAGUUUAGCUACAUACCAAAUCGACGAUCAUUCAGGUGGUUUACUAGAAAUCAAAUGGUGGCAUGACGAUUCCGGUGAGCCAAUGAAACCAUUGACUUAUAUCAAAGUUGUGGGUCAAGUCAAAACAUUCAAUAAUAAAGUUCAUGUCGUUGCUCAUCACAUCAACAAAAUGCAAUCAUUAAAUGAAUUACUUGCCCAUUCGAUCGAAUGCGUUCAUGCGAGUAUGAGCAUCCGAAAACAGGGCGAAUUGACUGGAACUGGAAUGACAUCGAAUACUAGUCAUACCAGUGGUCAAACUCAACAAUCAUCGGCAAUAGCAAACGGCUUUACACCUGUUCAAAAUGCUGUUCUUAACGUUUUGAAAACAGUAACAUCUAUGACUGGUUAUAGUGUAACAGAAAUAUGUAAACAAUUGAAACAAUUCAGUGAAAAUCAAGUCAAACAAGCUUUGGAAUUUCUUUCGGGUGAAGGACAUAUCUAUUCGACAACUGAUGAUGAUCAUUUUCGUGCUGCUAGCAACUAA